AUGUCUUCCCAAAAGCCCCAAGCAACAUAUUUCUCAAAUGGCCAGGCGCUAUCAAGCCCGCCGUUCUCGGUUCGUCUGAUGCGCUUCUUCGAAGGUGUCUAUGUCUUUCUUGGCUUGUAUAUCGUGAGCCUGUUCUCGCUUGAUCCAUACGCCGCAGCCCAGAACUCACGGUUCAAUAUCCAUCGCCCUAAAUCAUCAUCUGGAUCCCGCAAUCCCCGUGAUGGAAACUCCGGUUCCUCUGGCUUUGGGGGUGGUGGCGGUGGUGGCGGCGGCGGCCCGGGAGGUCCAGGAAGGCGCAUUGGAAGGCCCCUCCACACAGACGCUAGUGCUUGGAACAUUGAAACCACACCAUCCGGUGACGUGGAUGUCACCGAACAACGAAAUUGCGGAGAAUCCAGCAUGUCGGCCGUACCCUCUAAUGAUGCCGACUGGGCGGCUCUGAUUUCCAGUUUGAAAGAACGCAUUCCCGAUAGAUCAUCAUCGCAGCCGCCGAUCCCAUUAAACAUUCCUCAAUUGAUAGACCAUACGCUCCUCGCCGAACCAUCCGAACCAGAGCAAAUCGAUCAGCUCUGCGCAGAGGCCAUAGAAAACAACUUCGCUAGUGUCUGUGUUCGACCGAACUAUGUUGCCCGCGCCGCUGCGAACCUGAAGGAUGCACCGAAUACGGCAGUUGCUUGCGUGGUCGGUUUCCCAGAAGGCACGCAUGAUACCAGCGUAAAGGUGCGAGAGGCUACAGAGGCCGUUGCAAACGGAGCAGGUGAAUUGGACAUGGUCAUCAACUACCCCAUACUCAAGGAUGGGGGUUAUUCAGCAGUCUACAGAGACAUCAUGGCUGUACGCAAGGCGGCACCACAUCCGAUCAAACUAAAGGCUAUCUUGGAGACUUCUCAGCUGGACAGAGACCAGAUCAUCGGUGCUUCUAUUGUGUCCUGUACCGCUGGGGUGGAUUUCAUCAAGACUAGCACCGGAUUCCGUGGCGGUGGCGCUGAUAUUCAGGAUGUCAAAGUUAUGCAUUUUGUGUCUACCUUGUGUUUUGACAAUGGGUGUCAGGUCAAGGCGAGUGGAGGGAUUCGGACUGCGGGUGACUGUCUGCGCAUGAUCAAGGCUGGUGCAAUGCGUAUUGGGACUAGUUCCGGGGUAAAGAUCAUGCAGGAGGUGGAUGAAGGUGAGCUUCUGGAGCAAGGAGCCAGCCAUGCAGUGUCUUAG